GCCCGCACUCCUCCUCCCCGCCGUACUCCACCCGGAAGUAACAGGCGGCGGCGGGGACCCCGCUCCGGAGCAGCGGGGAGGAGGAGGAGGAGGAGGAGGAGAAGAAAGAAGAGGAAGGAGAGCGGUGUCCCCGCCGUCCCGGCUGCCCUAAACUGAGUUUUGUCUAAACAUCAUGGGAGAGAUUAAAGUCUCUCCUGAUUACAACUGGUUCAGAAGCACUGUUCCUCUUAAAAAGAUAAUAGUAGAUGAUGAUGACAGUAAAGUCUGGUCACUGUAUGAUGCAGGACCCAGGAGCAUUCGGUGCCCACUCAUAUUUCUUCCUCCUGUAAGUGGGACUGCAGAUGUGUUUUUCCAGCAAAUUUUGGCCCUGACUGGAUGGGGCUACAGAGUUAUUGCUUUGCAGUAUCCAGUGUAUUGGGAUCACCUUGAGUUCUGUGAUGGAUUCAGAAAACUCCUAGACCACCUUCAGCUGGAUAAAGUUCACCUUUUUGGAGCUUCUCUGGGAGGUUUUCUGGCUCAAAAAUUUGCUGAAUACACACACAAAUCUCCCAGAGUUCAGUCUCUGAUCCUGUGUAAUUCCUUCAGUGACACUUCUAUCUUCAAUCAGACAUGGACAGCAAACAGCUUUUGGCUGAUGCCUGCUUUCAUGCUGAAAAAAAUUGUCCUUGGGAAUUUUGCAUCGGGUCCUCUAGAUCCUGAAAUGGCGGAUGGGAUUGAUUUCAUGGUGGACAGGCUGGAGAGUCUGGGCCAAAGUGAGUUAGCUUCAAGACUUACCCUCAACUGCCAGAACUCCUACGUAGAACCUCAUAAAAUUCGAGACAUCCCUGUAACCAUUAUGGAUGUGUUUGACCAAAGCGCGCUCUCGACCGAGGCGAAAGAGGAAAUGUAUAAGCUUUAUCCUAACGCCAGAAGAGCUCAUCUCAAAACAGGAGGCAACUUCCCCUAUCUCUGCAGGAGUGCUGAGGUCAACCUAUACAUUCAAAUCCAUUUGCUGCAGUUCCAUGGCACUCGGUACGCGGCCAUCGACCCUUCCAUGGUCAGCGCCGAUGAACUGGAAGUCCAGAAGAUCAGUCUGCACACCAGCAAGGAGCAGGAAGAGCAGUAGGGCUUGGAGUGCCAGGGAGAACAAGGAAUGGGCUUGGUGGUCUUCCUGUUGUACAAUCAACUCUUCCCACUCUGCUUUCUUCCUUGUGUUAACCAGUUAUCACUGUGUGAUUCCAACAGGAUCAGUGGUCGGUGACCUCCCCGUGGACAGGAACCUCCAGCAGUGUGAUGGGAUAGAUCUGGGUCAUUUUUAGUCUUUGAAUUCAAGGAAGCAUCUUUGGAGACUACAGUUUUAAAAACAAAGACAUUUUUUGCUACCAAAGUCCUCACUGUCAUGUUCUUAAAGCAGAACAAUAUUUCUUUUUAUAUUUUUCACUCAGCUGUAUAUAUUGCCACAUGCAGAUCGUGUACUUAUAAGCUGGUAUAUUUUUUUUUGUUGAAUAUUUGGUUUAAAAGAUGUUUAAGUGCCAAUGUUGCCAUCGCUUAUUUGCUUCAUGUGUUGUAAGUUAGUUUCUAUUUGAAAUAAAGCCUUUGAAUUUUUAACUUUCUUGCUCUUUAAAAAUGGUUUUCAAUAAAAUUUCACUUUCA